AUGAAGAAGACGGGGAAGAGGGCUGCUCCGAUCAUUCUUGAUACUCCUUUCUCUUCUCGACCAGGUGUUUCAACUUCGAGACAAUCUUCUUCUGGUAGAUCCUCGAAGUCUUCUGAUAUGUUACUUGGACCUAAUGAAGUAGCGAGACCUUCUCCUGGUCCGGAUAAAGCAGCGAGAUCCUCUCCAAGAAGAUAUCCUCAAAGAUAUCUUCUUAAUAUCUUGGAGUCCAAGUGUCGCCAUUUUUGUGGUACAACCGUUUAUUUUAAGUUUGAGGAUCCUGAGGCUGUGAUUUGCCCAUUGGAGACGAUGUUUCCUGAGAACUUUGAUCAUUCUUCACAAGAGUUUGUCUCCUCUUUGGACCAAUUUAGAGCUUACAUUGAUUCUCUCUUUGAGGGCAAAGAUUCCAUUCUAGAAGGAAAAGAUGUACAAGCUAUCUUAAACAAAUUUGAGAAGGGGUGUGAAUUUCUUGUCUUGGGGCGAGUUAAAGCAAGCUUAAAGGCCGCUAGCCUUUCUUCAUCUUUAGAAUAUUCAGCUUCGGCAUCUAAUCGUUCGCAAGGGGAAUCAAAGCAUGACUCGCAAGGAGAAACGAAGGAUGAGGAUGAUGAGAGUGAGGAUGAAACUGACGAGUUAUAUAAUUAUACCCCAUUGUCAGAUUGUUCUCCUAAGAGUGCUUUUAAGGGUCAUCCUUCUAGCCAUUCCAUAAUAUCAACAGCUCCUAGCGGAUCUCCCAAACCUACUGGAUAUUUACCCUCGAAGUCUGCCACAUCUUCUGCUGCUAUGGCUACCUUCAAAGAUCAUGCCUCUUCAAAGAACUCGUGGCAAGCUACCUCUUCAAAUUUGUUGCCUUCAUCAACCCCACAAGUCCAAAGCACUGGAGAAGCUUCUUUCGACGACUUGAUGGACCCUGUUGAACUAGAAGGGUUAAUUGCUAGGAUCGAGAAACCUCCUGUUCAGUCCAUCCCUCUUUCCUCUAGCGAGGUUGCUGUCCACAUCCAGAAAGGCCUUUUUAUCUCACUCCAGUCAUCCACAAUAAGCAUAGAAGACAUUAUUACUCAAUCCAAUGGAGUUAUUUCCCUUUUGAAGAGUUUUAAAGUGGAUCUUAGUUCUCUUUACGAGAAGGUGAAAGCUUUGGUUAAAUAUUCUGUUUUAUGGACCAAAGUAUCAGGUACUCCUAAUAAGGAUGUUUCUCUCGGAGAACUUGAGGCCCAAUAUGAGGUCAAAAAGACUAAUUUUGAAGAAAUGGCCAGUUCUUAUGAGGAGACGACUUCUUCCGUCUCUUAA